CAGCUUCCCUUUCGCCUCACUGCCCUGACUGGAACGUGCGACUCUGUCACCGACUUUUUUUUAAAAGCCCUCUCGCUUCCUGAGCAUGCGCCGAACGGAAACCCCUGUCGCCGCCGCGCAUGUGCGCUGAGCCAACGGCCCUGCCAAAAAUUUCCCGCCUGAACUCGAGCAGUUCAGAGAUGGAGGGGCGGGGGAAUGGAGAAUGUACGCAUGCGCCUGGAGGGGAAGCGGCCGUGAAGAGGUACAACCGUUAACUUCCUGAGGGCGGUUGAGGUUCGCCCUAAAAUUGCUUAGCCCCGAAGGGAACCAUUCAGAGGUGGGAUCCAGCAGGUUCUCACAGGUUCCCGAGAGGAUGAAGCUAAAACAGGAUUAAGGCAAGCAUGUCAAUCAUUACAAUACAACUUGGGCAGUGCGGUAACCAGAUUGGCCGUGAGGUGUUUCAGACAAUCUCCACAGAUCUCCAUAGCACACGCGGACUGAGUUCCAGAAAGGAAAAUGAUGCCUAUCGAGCAGCUUCCAAAGAGCGCUUUUUCAGUGAGGAGGAAACUGGAGUUCCAGCUGCUCGGGCAGUUCUUGUUGACAUGGAACCCAAAGUAAUUGGGCAGACUUUAUCAGUGGCCUUGAGGUCCGGCUCCUGGAAAUAUGACCAUCAAUCACACUUCUGUCAAAAGCAAGGUUCAGGAAACAACUGGGCCAGCGGUUAUUGCAUUCAUGGGCCCAAACACAAAGAAGCCAUCAUGGACCUGGUGCAGAAGGAAGCUGAGAAAUGUGACCAGCUGAGCGGCUUCCUGAUCCUCCUGAGCAUGGCUGGUGGGACUGGGUCAGGCCUGGGAGCUUUUGUGACCAGAAGCUUAAGGGAUGCCUACCCAACAUCAUUUCUGCUGAAUCAUGUAAUCUGGCCCUACAGCCUGGGAGAGGUUAUUGUUCAAAACUACAACUCGGUCCUGACCCUCUCACACCUCUACCAGACCUCCGAUGCUCUCCUUGUUCACGAGAACGAUGCCAUCCACAGGAUCUGCGCACAGCUCAUGAACAUCAAGCAGAUCUCUUUCCAGGAUGUCAAUCAAGUCAUUGCGCAUCAGCUAGGAAGCAUCUUCCAGCCAGCUUAUUCCUCUGAUGGUGCUUCUCAGUACAGCAGAAGUCCUCUAGGUGACCUGAUGGAAGCUCUUGUGCCUCAUCCAGAAUUUAAAAUGUUGGGUCUCCGGAACAUUCCGCAGAUGUCUGAAAACUCUCUUGCUUUCAGUACCUUUGCGUGGCCUGCACUCCUGAAACACCUGAGACAGAUGCUUAUUGCUAAUGCCAAAAUGGAAGAAGGUAGAACUCUUUGUUUUAUUAUUAAAAAUGUGAAAGUCAUUACAAUUUCCAAUAACAUUGUCAUUAACUUUUAAGUACAUAACCAUUAAAGAUACAACAUUUGUAUACUGUAAGUUAAUAAAAACGCGAAGGAAGGCAAGUGGGAAAAUCUGGAAUGGAUUGCAAUGGGGGGAGCCUCUCCCCCAAAAAAGGAAACUUGCCAAAAACUUAAGGAAGUGAAAUGUAAGACAGUUCUAUUUAUAGUAAUCAAAAUAACAGUACUUAUCAUCCAGUCCGUGCUCAAAGCGUUAAGUUCAUUCAUAAGUGUAGGAAUACGCUUACUUAAAAUUGCGGUUUGGACCAUCUUAGAAGCUCCGCAGCCAAGGAGUUUGCCAACCUAUUCCAUCCUUCUAGGCACUAAACUUCACGGAAAUUACAUCUACUUGCAACUCCACAUGCUGGCAUUCAUCUGUUCAGCCACUCGCGCUCGCGCACGUCAUUCAUGAAAGGUUUCCUACACUUAUGAGUGAACUUAACGCUUUGAGCACGGACUGGAUGAUAAGUACUGUUAUUUUGUAUUACAUGUUGCAGUAUCUGUUAUAUGUAUUUAAUAUUGAUUACUAUAAAUAGAACUGUCUUACAUUUCACUUCCUUAAGUUUUUGGCAAGUUUCCUUUUUGGGGGGAGAGGCUCCACCCGUUGUGAUCCAUUCCAUACUGUAGGUUAAUGCCAGUUAAGGAAAAGAACGUUUAAAAACCUCACAAAGAAAAAAGGGGUGGGGGGGGGAAGAAAAUUUUUUUAAAAAAAAAAUCAUAGUCAAUAGGAUUAAUAAGUAAGAUUAAAAAAAGAAAAACCUUGACUUUCCAACAUUGUGCGAGAAAUUUCCUUCAACCUCCUAGUUCCUUGAGUCUGCACAUACUACAACUAAAUUAAUUAUAUCUUUCAUACAGACUACUCUCUAGUCAGAUAUACAUAAAUCAAUAUUUCUUAUGAUUUUAUCUCAUAUUUAUAUUUUUAUAAUUAUUAUCUCCUUGUGGCUCUUAUAUGAGCCUUUCAAAUGUAUGUGUUGUUGAUCUUAUGUAUGUUCUUAUGUGUUUUUGCAUUACUUCUCAGAGCGUGUAUAUAUAAUCUUAGAACUACUAAAUACAUCUCUCGAAGGCCCCUUCCGCACAUGCAAAAUAAUGCUUUUUCAAACCACUUUCACAACUGUUUGCAAGUGGAUUUUGCCAUUCCGCACAGCUUCAAAGAGCACUGAAAGCAGUUUGAAAGUGCAUUAUUCUGCAUGUGCGGAAUGAGCCGAAGAGAGGGAAGAAGGUAGAACUGUUAAUUGACUUAAAAGCUUCUCUGAGAGAGCGGUGGGCCCGAUCCCUCACCAUGGCUGUUCCCCUCCCCACCCAACUGACUGGUUUAAAUCACACAACCACCUCUUCUUCCUUUGCCUAUGGUAGAGGAAGUCCUGAACCUUUGUGAAUCUUCUGACAUCUUUAAAACUCUGACACAGAGUGGUGGGCACAGCCGCAAAAUGGCCACCAUAAAACUUCUGCCACAGGACACCUACAAAAUUGCUUCUGCAGCAUACAUCACAGUGAAGAUCCUUGUGCUGCGGUAGCAGCUGCCACUGAAGCAACAUACAAAACUGUAAUGUAUUGUAUUGAUUGUGAGGUACUGUAUUGUUUUAAGAGUCUGCAGCUGUUGCACUGG